AUGGUCGAGGCGCUGCCAUGGGAUGCUGCUGGUCAACUUCACUCUAGCAUCAAACGCGAACAUCACUAUGCGCCGCCAUAUUCCACGGCAAUUGGUGCAUUUCCGGGUAGGUCUACCAAUCGCACCAAUAUUGGCUUCAGAAUAUACUCUGACAGACACAAGCCGGCCCUACCACGAACCAGCAACGCCUCGCUAGCUUCCAGGUUCUACGGUACUGUCGGCCCUGAUAAAUCGAUCUCGAAUGAUGAGUCAGUUACCGCUCGGCCUGUUGAGGAUGAUGAGCUACGGAAUCCUCGAUCGGCGCAAGCUAUCCACCUAAAGCCUCUUCGCCGCACCCCAGAGCAUGGCAUUCCUUCGUGCGACCUCCAGCUUCGGUCUUACAGUAUUCAGCCGCUCGAGUUCUUCUCCGAUUUUGCCCUCCGAGCCGCAUAUUAUCUAGGCCUACCCGCGUUCGGGCCUGUGCCUCUGCCGCGGAUAACAGAGCGUUGGACGGUUCCGAGGGAUCACUUCAUUUUCAAAAAGUCACAGGAAAAUUUUGAGCGAAGGACAUUACGUCGGAUGAUCCAAAUUCAGGAUGGAAACCCCGAAACCGUGCAGCUAUGGCUCGCCUAUCUCCGAAAGCACCAGUACUACGGUAUUGGCAUGAAGGCGAAUUUUUGGGAGUUUGGGUCUACGCAGCUGGAAAACACGGAGCAGUCUCUUAAGGGCAGCACCGGCGAACUACUGUCCACUUGGGAGCAUCUUGGUCAAACUAGGUCGUUUGCUGAGGGGGAAGCUCAGGAGAUGCUGAGCCGCGGCCGCUUGGGCGAUUCAUUAGGCGUGUCGCGUGCCAUGCCUCGUGCCAGAGCGCCUCCAGCCCCAUGA